ACAUUCAGAAUCUGAAGGUAUUUCUUCUCGCGAUUUCGUUUAUGUGGAAAUGUAUUAUUGAUUUUCGUCGAUUCCGAUAUCAAAAUGUACAAUUGAAUCUUUUAAAUGUAAUGUAAAAAGCUGCUGUGAUGUUGUUUUCGUGAACUGUGCUGACCCAAUCAUCGCUGUCUAAACAGCAUCGUGUUUGCUAUUUCUUUGCUGAUUCGAAGUGACGCUGCUGGAUAUGCUGUUAUAAAAAUGGUUACGUCUAAUAAAUUACCUGACAAAAAGGUCGUAAGAAUGUCUGAACAAAAAAAUAAUGCUGUAGUUCCUCAAAGAACUCUAUUAGGUGAAGUGAAUGAACACAUAACAUGCCCACUAUGUCGGGGUUAUUAUAUAGACGCUACAACCAUUGUGGAAUGUCUGCACUCGUUUUGUCGAAGUUGUAUCAUAAAACAUUUGCAAAUCAAAAGUUACUGUCCAGUUUGUGAAAUGAUGAUUAAUUCUGCUAAACCUAACAUCAAAUUAGAUAAAGCACUUCAGGACAUUGUUUACAAAUUGGUACCUGGUCUCUUUCAAAGAGAAAUGGACAGAAGACAACAAUUUUAUGCAUCAAGGCCUGGGCCAGCUGCUUCAGCUACACCAGAGCAGAGAGGUGAAGAUACUGAAAGAAUUAUAUUUAGCCCUGAGGAUGUUAUAUCUUUUUCCUUGGAGUUUGCCGACGUAACUGAUACUGAUAGUAUUUCAAGUAAGUCUUCAGACAGUAGUGAACCUCAAAAUGCUUCUUCUAUCACAAGAAGAUACUUGCAGUGCCCUGCAGUUGUUAAUAUCAGCCAUUUAAAGAAGUUUCUCAGUAUGAAAUUUGAUAUAGAUAGUUCUCAGUUUGCCAUUGACAUUUUGUAUAAGAGAGUACCACUCCCAGAUUAUUAUACUUUAAUGGACAUUGCUUACAUAUAUAAUUGGAAAAGAAAUGAGCCCAUGCGUUUCUUCUACCAAAUAAUUGAUUAUGUCGCAAUUCGAAACAGAUUGUUUGACAUAAACCGCAAAGAAACUCAUUUUGGAGACAGAAAAUCCAGUCCAACAUCUACUGAGGAUACAAAUGUUAGCAGUCCAGCUCCGAACUUGAAUGAUCAGGGUUCAGAAGCAUCAUCUGGGACUGACAGCCCUAUGCCAGAAGAUAGUCAUUCUAACCAAGCUGAUGAGAUAUCAAAGAAAAAUUCUGAGAAAAUUCACAGUAAAGAUACACAAGAAAAAAAUAGUAUACCAACAUCUAAGAAAAAUGAUGAUGAUGAAGAAAAGUCACAAUUUCUUAAUUCUUUUGAACUCACAGCAAAAAACAGUGCUAACUUGAAAUCUCCUGUCAAACAAAAUUCUAAUGAUGAUAGUAGCAGCAAUAUUUCUAUUUUGACAGGCAAAUCUAAUUCCCCUAAAUCAGAAGAUUCUUUAAAAAGAAAAUUUCAAAUGCCUCCUAACACACCUGAAAUGAAGAAAUUGAAAAUUGAAAUAGAGAAAACCAAAAUACCUGUAACUAAGAACAUUUCUUUGAUUAACACAAAUCCAAGCAAUAAAUCGACAGAUACUUCUAUUAAACCCAAUAACAUGGAAAGUGUACCUAAAAACAGUGGAACUAAUCAAGCCAGUAAUUCUCUGACUUCUGCUCCUCUCAAAGAGGAAAAUAAAGAUGUAAAACAACCUGUUCCACCUACUAAACACAGUUCCGAUACAUCAAGCAUGAAAAGAGCUAAUCCAGGCACUAACACUAUUUCUUCACCUAAACGUAAACCAAUUGACAGUUCAAUGAUAACACCUCCAUCUGGUCCUAAAACAGUAUCCCCACUGAAAAUUCAAGUUCCAAAAGCUGAAGCUCAAUCAGCAUGUAAAAAAAUAGCUGAUGCACCAGCAGUCAAAAAGAUGCCAGAUUUAAAACCUAGUAAUAUGGGUUCUCUAUCUUUUCCUACUAAACAGCCUAUUAACAAAGUAAGAAUGGAUUUAUUAGCAAACAAUAGUGACAUAGAUAGAAGUAAAAUACUCCCUCAAGUCAAAUCACCUUUAGGACCACCAGGUGCUAUUCCAGGUUCUGGUGAUCCUUUGAAAUCCCUCUUUGAUUCAUGCAAAAUUAACAUACCAUCUUCAUUGUCAAUCACAUUAACUGAUCAAAAAUUAGAGGCCCGUAACUCUAGUGACCCAGGAACUACUGAUCCCAAAAAGAUUGUUGGGAAUAAAAAUCUUGUUGCAUCUAAUAAUAAUAGUAAUAUACAUAAAGUCCCUUGUUCCCAAGUUCCUAACUAUAUACAAAUAUUGAAAUUACCUGAUAGUGACCCAAAAAAAGUAACUAAAUCUGAAGGAAGUUCCGAUCCAAAACUAAAUCCUCCAAAUAAAAUUGAAAUUAAUGCUGCCCAGCCUAAACCAGGCAAAUCUUCUGAUGUGUCAGCAAAGGGACCAAUACCAAAUCUUAAACCUAUUUCUGAUACUAAAUUAGCAAAACAAAGUGGGAACUUUUCGUCUCCUAUCACCUUUCAACAAACAUUUGAACAGCAGCUGCAGUCUCUGCAAUCAGAUAAAAAAUCUAAAUUGCCGAAAAACAAACCACAGGUCCCAAAAUUAGUGCCAGCUACACCUAAAGCUCUAAGUGCUGCUAAUAAACCAAACAAUCCCAACAAUAAGCCAAGCCCUAGUAGUACAUCAACACCAGAAACUAAAACUGGUUCAGCUUUGGACUUGUCAACAACUAAUACCAUGCCAAGUCAGUUAGGACAACAGCCUUUUGAUAAAGCGUUUGAAACCAUGCAGUCAAUAGCAAACUUGGCAAAAAAGCAAAAUUUGCAAUCAAAAGGUUUGGGUGUAAUGUCUCAAACUAAUGCCUUUUCUGCUAUGACUAACAGACCAUUGACUUCAGGUGUUAGUCCAUUAAGAAUACCAUCUACCACUAAUAUCAACCAAGUUAAAUCUGACAAGGCUCUUCCCAAUUCACCUCAUACAAAUAAUGCCCAUUCAAGACAAGAAAUAGCCUCUAAGAAUAAUACAACUAAACCCAUAAAUAAUGUCACUACUUCUGUUGCAUCACCAGCUUUUGUAGGUUCCUCCCAUAAUUCCCCAAAUACACAACCAUCACCUAGACAAACGAGAUCCCCGAGCUCAUCUCCAAAGUUAGUUAUUGCUGAAGAAAAACAAGUAUCUAAUUCUUUAACAGAUCAACAAACAGGAACACAACCUAAUCAACUAUUAAACACCCAGCUACCAAUCAUGAGUAUGCCAAAAAGUGAAGUUUCUAAAUCAUCACCGGGACCAUCAAAACCAGGACUGAAACCUGUGAAACCAUUGACACCUGUAAGCAAAAUACCAGCAGUCAGGCCUCCUCAAACCCCAAACAUUAAACAGAGUCCAAUGUUGAACAAUUCUGAAUAUCAUGCUUUACUAAGGCAUCAAUUUGAAAUGAAUUGGCUUAAAGUUCAAAGACAGUAUGAUAUGUAUAAAAAUUCCUUAAAUCCUCCUCCUCAAGGAGAUUUCAACAAAGAUAAGCAAUACUUCAUGAAAAUGAACUUGUGUGCUAGUGUUAUUUCCUGCUUGACGUCGACCUUCUUGGGUAAUGCAGUUGUUAUCGUUAAGAUGUCUGUGGUGCAAACUUCUAUUCCCUUUAAACUGCGUAAAAGAGUUAAUAUUGUGUCCAAAAAGUCGAAUAUAGAAAAUGAAGAUAUUAUCAACAAGGGAUUAACUAGUCAAAGACACUUAAAAAGAAGUAAUACUGUAGACAAUUCAUUCAAUGACUCUGACACAGAUGACGUCUCUCCUACUAAAAUUCCAAAAGGAACAAUCCCAGUCAUACCUAAUAGUGACGAAGAUAAAAAUAUAUGCCUUGAAUCUCCAAAUGAAAUUGCAAAGCCUUUGACAAGUCGAGAAAAAGAAAUAGAGUGGUUGGAAAACUUCUUAGACGAGCAUUUAGAGACAGAAAAAUCCGGCUCCCUUUAUAUCUCUGGACAGCCAGGGACUGGAAAAACAGCUAGUUUAACAUAUAUAUUGAAGUUAAAAAAGUUUCGCGAGUCUUAUAAGCAAGUCUACGUGAACUGUACCAUGAUGAAGUCUGCGACCAGCAUCUACAACAGAAUCUGCAAAGAACUACAGUUGAAGACAGCUGGCUCAACAGAGAAAGCUUGUCUAAAAGCGAUUGAAAGUUAUUUACAAAAGAAACACAAGAUGACCCUGCUGGUUCUAGACGAAAUCGACCAGCUGGACAGCAAGCGGCAGUCGGUGCUGUACACGAUAUUCGAGUGGGCGAGCGUGGCCAGGUCGGGGCUGGUUCUGGUGGGCGUGGCCAACGCGCUGGACCUCACCGAGCGCUCGCUGCCGCGGCUGCAGGCCCGCUGCUGUCUGCGCCCCGUCACGCUGCACUUUCCGCCCUACACCAAGGAACAGAUCGUCAAUAUCUUCACCGCUGUACUCGCGGACGAGGACAAGUCUAAACUGUUUUCGCCUGUGGCUUUGCAGAUGUUGGCGGCUAAAAUUGCUUCCGUAUCGGGUGACAUGAGACGCGCCCUGGACAUCGGAAGACGAGUGAUCGAACUUGCUAAACGCAGUAAGUUCUCAGAGAAUCAAUCGGUGGACUGUAUGAUGAGGGACAGCACCGUCACAGUGGAGCUGAAGCAAGUUCUGGAAGUCCUGAACGACGUCUACGGCGGCUCGAGGAACAUAGACACUGACGUCGAGGAAGGAUUGCCGAUGCAGCAGAAAUUGAUUCUGUGUAGUCUUAUGUUAAUGUUGACCAAAGGAAAGAACAAAGAUGUUGCGAUGGGGAAAUUUUACGAUGUGUAUAGAAGAGUGGCGUCGGGACGCAACAUCCAGCCGCUGGAGCUGAGCGAGGCGCUGAGCGCGUGCGCGCUGCUGGAGGCGCGCGGGGCGGUGAGCGUGGCGGGGCGCGGCGCGGCGCGCGGCCGCAAGCUGCGCCUGCGCUGGGACGCCGCAGACCUCGCCGCCGCGCUGCGCGACAAGCCGCUGCUCGCCGCCAUCCUCAGCGACACCGCCGCGUUAACACAUCAUUAAGUUGCAAGUUUUCCCGUCCAUCGUCUUAUCAGGUAGGACGAAUAUGUUUCUCUCCAAUUUGAAAAAAUGUCGUCGCUGCAGUCAACAAUUUUAUGAACAGAUUAAUUAAGACCUCCAAACAUAUAUAUCAGCUUAAUUCCCUACGUGUGUUAUAAAAUUAUAUUAUUUGGCCGAUUUAUUUUGUUUUAAGUAAUUUUUUGACGUGUUAAGUACUAUACGAAUGAUGUCUCGUAUAACAAAUAUGCUAAGAUGAUUAAAGAAUUUUAAAUGGAAAGGGCACCAGUACACUCUAUCAAAGCGUGUGUGAUACCCCUGGUGUUGCAGGCGUCCACAGGCUGUGAUAACCACUUACUGUGGAGCACCUGACUAUUUGCCUGCUUGAUAGUAUCAAAAAUAAAACCACCGCUACGGGAACCGUUACAUAGAGUGCUAUACAGGGUAAUUUGAUAUUUCACUGUAUAUUGCUUAGCUUUCCUUGCGAUUUUUAAAAGUUGGCAGUAGACUUAACCAUAAGUAAAUUGUCAAAGUAAUUGAGAUAAAAAUAUAUUUAGUUGGCCAAUUGUGCCGCCAUAUUGUGCUGCGACCGAACUAUCGCACGAAGAAUAUUAUCACGAAAAAGACCAUACUCCAUUUGCAUGAAAAUAGGUCGAGGUAUUACGACAUGUGUAGUCUACACAGGAAAACGAACAUUCAUUUUUUUAUAUAAAUCGGUGACUACAACUAUACGAUAUUUAUAUUAUGGAUCGGAUAAUUUUCCACCUGUAAUCAAAUACGUGUAUUAAUAUACACGUAUUGUACGCACUAUACUACACUAGUUGAGCCAUUUUUAGAAUGAUAAUAAUAUUACCUACCUAUUGUGUUUUGUAAAUUUUAAUAUUUAUCUAAAUACAGUAGACAAUGUACUGUAGUGUACUGCCUAGUAGUAAAAGCAGUACAUUAUGUUAAAAUACGACACGCAGAUCGAUUACGAUCGCGCAGAUUUGAUCACUUGACUUCAUAAAGUAUUAGCUCUACUAAUGUUAAUUGAUUGAGAUAGUGAAAUGCUAGUUAGUAGUAGUAGCACUGGUCACUUUUUACUAACAUUUGAUUUUAUUUGCUAAAAUUACUUAUAUUUUGUAACCUUUUCCCAAGAGUCGAUUUUCUGUCUGUACUUUAGUUUUAUUAGUUCUAAUUAUGCAAUGGAUCAUAGAUUUGGCUUCCAUGCCAUGUAGAAUACGACGUAGUUAUUAUCAAAUUGGUUAUUUAGUGUAUUAUCGCAAGGAUUGGAUAUUGAAUUUUGUUCUGUUAGUUGGUAUAUAAUUCACUGCCUUAUUAGGAUUAAUGCCACGUUGUUGCUAGCCACUAAGAAUAUUGUAUUUUUAUAAGUUUUUUAGGUAGUUGUAGUAACAAACAAGCCAAAUUGUUUAUUUUACUAUUGGUUUUAAGUAUUUAACUAUGUAUUAAUUCGGCAUUGAUCUUUAUUAUGAUCAGUGUUUAUGUUGAAUGAAUGUUGAUUAUAAAGACUGACAUUAGUUAUUAUUUAGAACACCUUUUUUUACAAUUUAUGACAUAAGUACAAAAUUGAAAAUUUUACUAAUCACCUACAUCGAAUGUUGUUUUUUUUCUUAAUUACCUUUGUAAAGGCGAUAAACUUGUUGAAACUUAAAAAUUAGUAAACAUUUUAAUUUUGUACAGUUUUAAUUUUGUAUGUCUUCUUAUUAGAUAUUAUUUGGUAUGGACUGUGUUUAUUAUGAGAUUAAAGGUUAAUAAAAUUACCAAAUAGUAUUUUGAUUUUAUUCUACUACUUACAGUUAAUCUUAUUCUGUGCAAAACAGAACUUUU